GAAAUAAACGGUGAGGAGCCACAGACACCCCGAUCCCGAAGGAAAUCUGCACAGGCAUCUGUUAACCGGAUCCGCAAACAGGAUUCAGCUGUGACCAGUAGCAGUGAGGAUGAAAAUGACCAGGAAGAACAAGAAAGUGAAGAAGAGGUGAAGUCUGCCAAGAGAACUACAAGAAAAAGAGUAACUCCCCAGACCCCAUCUUCUUCUCGGAACACCUCAGCGCAAACCCCAAAUAAAACUGUAAGUUCCAAGUAUUGUGUGAAUUUUAGAGGGCUAGUCUACUCAAAUGAGCCACGCUCCAGAAGCCAUGCUGCAACUCCCAAAAUCCCAGAGCGAAAUCAGCCAAUCCAAAAACCUGCCAAUGUUCUGGAGGAGGCCCGCAUUAGGCUCCAUGUCUCUGCUGUACCAGAAUCUCUGCCUUGCAGGGAACAGGAGUACCAGGAUGUGUACAAUUUUGUGGAAAGUAAACUGCUGGAUGGAACUGGUGGGUGCAUGUACAUAUCUGGUGUCCCUGGCACUGGGAAGACGGCAACAGUGCACGAGGUGAUCCGAAGUCUGCAGCGGGCUGCAGAUGAAGAUGAGCUGUCAUCUUUCCAGUACAUAGAGAUCAAUGGCAUGAAGCUGACAGACCCUCAUCAGGCUUAUGUACAAAUCCUGAAGCUCUUGACUGGCCAGAAAGCAACUGCAGACCACGCUGCUGCUCUGCUUGAGAAGAGAUUCAGCACACCUGCCUCCAAAAGGGAGACCACUGUAUUGCUGGUGGACGAGCUGGACCUUCUUUGGACCAGAAAGCAGAAUGUUAUGUACAGUUUGUUUGACUGGCCUACUCGGAAACAAGCAAAACUGAUUGUAUUGGCCAUUGCAAACACCAUGGAUCUGCCAGAGAGGAUAAUGAUGAAUCGUGUAGCCAGCAGGCUGGGUCUGACGAGGAUGUCAUUCCAGCCUUACACUCAUAAACAGCUGCAACAGAUAAUCACCUCUCGCCUGAACCAUGUCAAGGCAUUUGACGAUGAUGCCAUUCAGCUUGUUGCCAGAAAGGUGGCUGCAUUGUCUGGUGAUGCACGUCGCUGUUUAGACAUCUGUCGCAGGGCAACAGAGAUCUGUGAGUUCACUAGCAAAAAAGGUGAACCUUCAUUGGUAAAAAUGCCACAUGUCAUUGAGGCCUUGGAUGAAAUGUUCUCUUCCCCUUAUGUCAUUGCAAUCAGGAACUCUUCUGUAUUGGAGCAGUGUUUUCUCAGAGCUGUCAUUGCAGAGUUUAGAAGAUCUGGUCUUGAAGAAGCCACCUUUCAGCAGGUAUACCACCAGCAUAUUGUACUGUGUAGGAUAGAAGGAAUGCAGCCCCCUACUAUGUCAGAGACCAUGGCGGUGUGUCUAAGACUCGGAGCCUCACGUCUCCUCCUGGUAGAGUCCAGCAGGAAUGACUUGCACCUGAGAGUGAGGAUCAACGUCAGCCAGGAUGAUAUCAUGUACGCUCUCAAGGAGGACUGA